CUUUCUCACGGGCAACCACACUCCUUUCUUUCCCCUCGUCUUCGCCCUACCCUCGACCAGAGGCACCACCAGACCAGUCCCUACCUAAAGACCAACGACAGAAAACACGAAACACUCCCUCUCUCACCAAACAAGCCGAGAUGAAGUUCGCUACCGUCUUCGCCCUCCUGACGUUGACGACCGCCGUCACCGCCGAGAUCUGCCCCGGCGGUUGCAUAAGGUGCCGCUGCGGCGAAAUUGUGUAUGACAUCGAAAAGUGCCGCCUCGACUGCAGGUGCAACAGGAACACCUACAAGUCGACCGACCCCAACAACAUACAGGGUAUCUGCGAUCAGCCGGGCGGCUUCACUCACGAAUGCAGCGUCAAAUUUUUUGGGAAGUGUUACUAGUCACGAUUCAAGGGCAGGUCGUCCAAGAUGGAGAGGAAGCGUUGAUGGACGACACGAGCACCCUCUUGAAAGGAAAGGGGGGUGCAUGGGCUCAGUGGUCGACUGAGCGGA